AUUAUUAUUAUCAUUAUUUAUCUCAUUAUUGUGACGUGAGUAAAAAUAAUAAUAUGCCGGGUUCAAAGUAAACCAUCAAAGAAUUGGAAUCCGCAUCAGUUCAUUUAAUUCAUCGGAAUAAACUUUCCUAGAAAUUUCAUCUUCAUCGGAUACUUAGAAAAAGUUUAUACAAUGACAGAAACAGAAAAUAUUUUUUUGUUUGUUCCAAAUUUAAUCGGUUUUGCGAGAAUAAUACUAGCUGUUAUUUCGUUUUAUUUUAUGCCAACAAACUACGUUAUUGCUGGCUGGUGCUACGUAAUAAGCGCAUUACUGGAUGCUGUUGAUGGUCAUGCUGCUCGAUACCUUAAUCAAAGUACAAAGUUUGGUGGCAUGCUCGAUCAAUUAACAGAUCGAGUAGGCACGAUGUGUCUUCUCGUUAAUCUCAGUAUGUUCUACCCAGCAUAUGCUUUCUGGUUUCAACUGAGUAUGGCUAUUGAUAUAUCUUGUCACUGGAUUUAUUUACAUACGACAAUUUUACAAGGAAAAACAAGUCAUAAAUUUAUUGACAUGUCUGAAAAUCCGAUUAUGAGUAUUUAUUACACGAAUCGUAUAGUUUUAUUUUUAAUGUGCGCUGGAAAUGAAGCGUUUUAUGCAGCUCUGUAUGUUUUGCAUUUCACCGAAGGACCCAUUUUGUUCGGUAUAAGUUUAUUCAGAGCAGUGUUAUUCAUAUGCGCACCUAUAGCAAUAGUUAAAUCAUGUAUUUCCAUACUUCAUGGAUAUGUCGCUGCUAUCAAUCUCAGUAUAAUUGAUGUUAAAGAACGUCGAGAAUUGAAUAAAACAAAAUAAUCAUGUGUUUAUAGUUUAAAAAUUUGAAAUUUUAUGGCUGUUGUGAGUUUUUUUUUAUUAACGUUAAACAAAUAGUUGUUAUUUUAUUUAAUCUUUAAUGUUGUGAAAAAGAUGUAUGUACAAUUUAUAGUCAAGAAACCAAAUGCGUUAUGUCGUACACAGAAAAACAGAGAUUUUUUGGCUUAAGAAAAUUUUAGUUUUCAAUUCAUAAUGCAAAAAUUUUCUUGGAGUUUUUCACGCCAAAAAUUUCCUUUUUCUGUGUGAAAAAUUUAAAUAUUUUCUAAAAGUGUCGAUGUUCUAUUCAAAUUUUAAAUUAGUCUACAGAAUAGCCAUUAUUUUUUUGACGUGUUAUGAUGAAGUGAAAUACAAAAUAUUUAACUUUUAGAUUUUGUUUACUCUAAUAGAAUAUGAUUUUACAAAAAUUAUAGACUAGUUCCCAAAAUUUAAAAACAAAAAAAAUUUUAAUUUUUAGGUAAUUUUUACUAAGCUGUAAUUUAGCAAAAAAUAAAAAACCUAGAGUAAUUAAAAAACUGGCAAAUUACUGCUUAAAGUCUCCAAUUUAGAGCGCCAGCAUUCGAAGUUCUGAAUUAUAGACGACUUAGAAAAAUAUUAGGGUUUGCCUUUUUUUGUUAUUACUGUAGAUCUGUUUUUGCUAAGUUACAGUUUGUAAAAAGCAGCCUAGAUCGAUAUUCCAUUCCAUAAACUUCCAUUAACAUAAUAUAUAAUUAAUUAAGUAACUAAAAUUUUAAUUGUUAUAUUUAUCUUAUCAUGAAAUAAAGAAACUUAUUUAAAUCUGA